CAAAUGGCGGAUGACGCCGGUGCAGCGGGAGGGCCUGGAGGUCCCGGGGGCCCGGGAAUGGGAGCCCGUGGCGGCUUCCGCGGAGGUUUCGGCAGCGGCCUGCGGGGCCGGGGUCGCGGCCGUGGGCGGGGUCGUGGCCGAGGCCGGGGAGCUCGCGGAGGCAAAGCCGAGGACAAGGAGUGGCUCCCUGUGACCAAGCUGGGCCGGCUAGUCAAGGACAUGAAGAUCAAGUCCCUGGAGGAGAUCUACCUGUUUUCAUUGCCCAUCAAGGAGUCUGAAAUCAUUGACUUCUUCUUGGGGAUGUCUCUCAAGGACGAGGUUCUGAAGAUCAUGCCUGUGCAGAAGCAGACGCGCGCCGGCCAGCGCACCAGGUUCAAGGCCUUUGUUGCCAUUGGAGACUACAACGGCCACGUUGGCCUGGGUGUUAAAUGCUCCAAGGAGGUGGCCACCGCCAUCCGUGGGGCCAUCAUUCUGGCCAAGUUGUCCAUUGUCCCGGUGCGGCGAGGCUACUGGGGCAACAAGAUCGGGAAGCCCCACACAGUACCCUGCAAGGUGACCGGUCGAUGUGGCUCUGUGCUGGUGCGCCUCAUCCCCGCACCCAGGGGUACUGGUAUAGUCUCCGCCCCUGUGCCCAAGAAGCUCCUGAUGAUGGCUGGCAUCGAUGACUGCUACACCUCCGCCAGGGGCUGCACUGCCACUUUGGGCAACUUUGCCAAGGCCACUUUCGAUGCCAUCUCCAAGACCUACAGCUAUCUGACCCCUGAUCUGUGGAAGGAGACCGUCUUCACCAAGUCUCCCUACCAGGAGUUCACAGACCAUCUCGUGAAGACCCACACCAGAGUCUCCGUGCAGAGGACCCAGGCUCCAGCUGUGGCCACCACAUAGUGGUUUUUAUACAAACAAGACAAAUAAAACAAUUGAAUUAAAAGCCUGUU